AUGUCUGCGGUGGAGAAGCUGGAUAACUCAAGCAUUUUCAAGCAGGUUGGAGACGCCGGACUGAAAGCUCACACGAUCUGUGACUCUAAAACAGCUGUCAGAAAUGGAGAUGAAGUGUUCUUUGCACACGGGUCUCUUAUAAGAUAUUACAGUUUAUCCAAGGAGACUAAAUAUAAAGUUCUUGACACAGGUAAUAUUGACUUUGAUAUUGAAGGUCUUGUUUUGAAUUCAUCAGGAACCCUUUUGGCAGCUUUCAGUACUUCAAAAAUUGUUGUUGUCUCAGUUUCAGCUUCACAAUUCAACAGCUCAGAUGGUGACACAGUACGGGUGAAGUCUUUCGUUGUUGGAAAUGGAGUUUAUGGAAACAAUGCUGAAAUUAAGGAGCUAUUAUGGAACAGUAUAUCUCGCUAUGAUUCAACCAUAGUGGUUCUUUCAUCCGAUGGCAUUAUCAGAACUUUUGAUCUUCGAACUUCUCCAGACCAGCCUGAAUCUAUUUAUGAGGUUAGCUCGUUCAACAAAAACAAAAUCGGAUUAGCUGCGAACUCUAUAGAGAACCCAGUCUCAAUGUGCUUCGGGCCAAAAGGCGAUUUGUCAAGUGCUUUAUCCCUUUACAUUUUGAAUGAGGAUGGUGAUAUUUUCACUAUUUACCCAUUUAUGCCUAAGGAAAUUGCAGUUCCAAGAGAAUUGAUCGAAGGGCUAUUCAAUGAAAGCCUUCUAUUAUCAAAUACAGAAAAUGCAAGAACAAAACUUUCAGCUGGACAGCAAUUGCGUUUUGUAACUGGCCUAUGGAAUCAACUUCCAACAUCUAAAAAAGAAAUAAGAGGCACAUCUGAACUUUGUGUUUUAACCAAUGAAAAAGUGAAUGAUUUUUUUAUUCAAGGUCCAUUUUCCGUUCAACCAUUCCCAAACGCCCUAUAUGAUGAUUAUGGUGUCAAUAUUACCAGUAUGAAUUUUGGAAUUUUCAACUUGUUGAUUGUAUCAUUUGCAAAACAUGGUGUCAUUGCUCUUUCCUUAGACAGUGAAUUAACAAUGAAGUGGAAUAUAGAUGGCCAAAUUGAUGAUCUGAAUAUUGAUGAGGAAGAUUCCGUUCCAACAUUAUCAGCCAUUGAACAUAUUAAUUUUGGAACAAACCUCCCUUCAAAUUUAAAAAAGGAUGCUGGUAAACUUGUGGCUUUUGCUCAAUCAGGAAGCAAUGCUUUCAAAAUCGAUUUCUCCAAGUGGGAAAACUUUUCGAACGAAGCUAUCUAUGAAUCUCACAUAGAUUCUAUUACUGAAACUCUCCAUACAUCAAAAUUAGAAGGAGCAAAAGUGGAGCUGGUCUUACAACUUCAGCCGAAGGAGUAUAUCCAAGGUGUAUUGCAUUUAAAUGAUGGCGAUGGCGCUAAAGAUACCAUAUUAGUCACUAGCAAAAGAACUCAAGGUUGUUUAGAAAAUUAUCAGAUAAAGGAACAGUAUAAUUUCAAAAAGAAUGAUACUACCAAUGCCAUCUAUGACUCCUUACUGAAGAGCCCUUAUGAUGAAAUAAUGGCCCUAAUGAAACCAAUUUCGAGCAUCAAGAUUACACCGCAAGAGAACAGAGGUACUGUUAUAAGUGCAGAUGACUACUUCUUAGGAGAAUUGAAUAAUGCUUCAGAACAAGCGUUGAAAUAUAUCGUUGAAUUUCACAAAUUGGGAUUAUCAAUGAAUACAAGGUUGAUCAGUCAAAAAAAAGAACUUGAAAGACAAUUGAGAAAACUGCAUGAUACUAAUGAGAUGUCAAAAACGUUGAAGGAAUCCAUCGUUAAAAAUAAAAGUUUUUGUACGGAUGUUUCUGAAAGGCAGGAAAGAAUAAACAAAAGAUUCAACGACCUUUCCAGCAAGCUUCAAAAAUCAGUCGAUCUACCAUUAAGCACCAAAGAGAAGACCUGGUCUAAAGAAGUGAAGGAUCUCACGUUAUUUUUCAAUAGAGGUGUGAAACAAAGUAGUGAAAUCAAGCACCAACUUUCAUACAUAAGCUCAGAGUUACAAACAAAGGCUCAUUCCUCAGCAACACCAGAUAAUAUCACUGAUAAUCAAGAUUGGGAUGAGCUGAAUAGAAUCAUAAAGGAAGGGAAAUUGUUGCUAGAAAACACCACAAAAGAGUUGAAGCAGAACAAUAAUCAGUUUGAAAAUCAUGUUAAAGAAAACAGUCUUUAG